GCCCCGCCCAACUCGCCAACGCACCUCGCUCCCCGGCCAUGCUCGAGCUGCCAAACCCGCACAAGCAGCCCACGCCAUGGCUCCAGACGACCUCGCAGACUCGUACAUGAUGUCGACAGAGGAAAUGGCCCCCAUCGCCGCCGUCAAGGCCGCCGCCGCUCUGCGCUCCCCUCCUCCAGCCGAACCACAACACCCCGACGAGGCCGACCCGCAACCGCACAAGCAGACAAAGGCCCAAAAGGCCUACAACCGCCGCAAGGAGCUCCUCGACAAGGUCGCCGCCAGCACGACGCCCUACUCGAAAUCGCACGCCCGCCGCCUGCGCCGCCACGCCCAGCCGGCCAACAACCUCGUCGCGUCGCUCGCAGAGGUCGAGGCCGUCCUGCCCGACCUCGACGGCGCAGGCGGCGGCGGUGAGGGCUCGGCGGCAGACGACGAUAGGGACGACGGCGAGGAGUACGAGAUGGGCGACGAGGCGCACGAGGUGCAGGGUGGCAAGGCCAAGGGCAAGGCCGGCAAGGGCAAGGAAAAGCUCACGGCCAAGAAGCGGCAGCGCGUCCUCACCGCCGAGUCGGCGCGCCUCCCCGCCAUCAUCAAAAACGAGCAAUUUGCCAAAUCGCCGUUCGCCACCAUCCGCCAGCACACGCUCAACACGCUCAUCGCGCAGAAGGGCGCCGCCGCAGAUGCGGGUGCGGCGGGCAAGGCCAAGGCCAAGGCGAGGGCGGCAAAGUGA